AUGCACCUGGUAAAAGAUAUACUACAGAGAGCUACUGCUCUUUUAUUAUGCGUGAGCCUUGUUGCCGCAAUUAAAAAGAGAGAUAUGGAUAUGGGCGACGACGGUGAUCGUCCUGAAUUCCAUCCUAUCAAUGCAGGCUCCAAGACUUUUCAUUGGAUAUUGACUUUGUUUCUUCUCCUUAUAGUACCAUCGAUAAGUACUUCGUUAGCUGUGGCGAACCGUUUACACUGGUCCCUUCUUUUGCAAUACAUAUCUACCGCUUACUCUGUCAUAGAGUCCAUGUUUGUGGAUUUCCCAGAUAACGUCGAUAACCACGAGAACCGAACGUCCAAAGGUACAAGUUGGUUCUUGAGUAUAUUGCUUGGAAUUACCAUAUUUAUGGGCACAUUGAUUAAUGGAAGCAAUUUAGUGAUCAAUAAAUUUUACCCUCAAUUGGCCAAACACUAUAACGAGUAUGGUCUUCAUUACAAGAUCUACAAGAUUCUUUCGUUGUUAUGUGUAUUUACCGGGUGGGUUAGGGUGUGCAUGGCCCCCGUUGCAUUGUUUGGAUUCUGUUAUGGUAAACACACAGGUCAAUGUAUUGCCCACGGAAUCAUGGGGUCGGCUUUCAUCUUGUAUUCUUUUAUCUUAUCGGUUGUGCUUGUUGUGCCCUGGAUCCGCAAGCACCAACUACAUCAACAAAAUGCAAACACAGCCAAGUUCCAAUCCCAAGAAUUUUAUGAUUCAACAGUGAUGAUGGUGUGGGGUAUAGUCAAUACUUUCACUGAGCAUAGAUGGGGACGUGAAGGAUGGAACAUGGGUGAUUAUCAGCACACCGCGAUGGGUAUUAUUUGGUGGGGAGGUGGCUUGCUAGGGAUGUGGCUUUCGAGGAAUAACAAGAGAUCGUUUGUCCCAUCAUUACUACUUAUAUACACCGGAUGGUCAAUGUCCCAACAUUUUCAGCAUUCUGAGGUGUCAACAAGAGUACAUGCAAUGUUUGGCACGGCCUUGAUGAGCGCCGGGGUAACAAGGAUAAUCGAAAUCUCAUUUGUGCUCAAAGAUAGAGCAUGCCAUCUACCACUGGGCAAAAUUGUUUCUUUCCAGUACUUGCCUCCAUUUUGCUUAACAUUGUCUGGAAUAUUGUUUAUGAGUGCAACUGAGGAACAGUUGCAAUUGGUCGAGGAUUUGGGAAGUGAUCAUUCAGCAUAUAUAUUGGUUGUCGCCUCAGCUGGCUUUUUGAUCUUUUUGUGGAUCCAAUUAAGUAUCUGGCUCUACUUGAAAUUGGUGGGCUACGAUGAAGACGGAGAAUUGAGAGGAGGGAAUUUUGCAGCUUAUUCCAGCGUAAAUAACGACGAUUUUGAACUAGGUGAUUUGAGUGGUGCUGAAGACAACCGAUUUGAUAUCGAUGAUGGCGGAGAGGUAGACGAAGAUGGGAUAACUACACCCGAAGGUACAGAUAGGCUGUAA